AUGACCACCGCCGCCAACUCCAGCCAUAAUGCCUUUCCACUCUCCCAUGCUGAGAAAACAGAUCCGGUGGAGCAUGUCGAGAAGACCCCAGGCGACUCUACAACCCUGGAGGAAUUGCAUUACGUCCCGUCAGCGGGCACUAAACACUUUCAGCCUGAGACAGAUGUGGAAUACGUCGUGACCUUCAAGACCUGGGUCGUUAUCUUUAUGCUCACUGUGACCGGUUCUGUGUGUUACUGGCUAGUUCCAGCUCUUUCCGGAAUCGAAAAUCAGAUCGCAGCCGAACUGGGCGAUGUUACUAAGGGUACAUGGAUCACUGCCGUGUAUAACCUUGGUGCUGUCGUCGCUUUCUUGGUCUGCGGUCCCAAUUCUGAUCUCUUUGGCCGGCGCUGGUUCAUCGUUUUUGGUAACAUCCUUGUUGUAGUCGGGGGCAUUGUGGGCGGCUCCAUCCAAUGGCCUCUUGUGGACAUCUCGACCCAGGUGGAGAUGCUGAGACUCUUGAUUCUACGAACGGCGGUGGAGAUGGAUCAGGUGGCGGCUACAGCACAAGCAGAAGGGAAGGCCCCGUGGAUGGCUAUUGAGCGGCAGCUAGGCCACAAGAUUGGAAUGUGCAACUACUAUGCGAACCGGCCUGUGUGCGAAGCUGCCGAUCGGGCGAUCCAAAUACACGGUGGGGGUGGAUACUCGAGGCACUAUCCUUUUGAACACAUCUGGCGGCAUUUCAGACGAUAUCGGAUUACAGAAGGGAGUGAGGAGAUGCAGAUACGCAAGGUGGCCGCGUACUUAUUUGGCUACAAAACAACAGGCUUGAAGAGGGGUGAAACGAGCCAGAAGACCAAGUUGUAG